AUGUCUUUCUUUUUGGUGACUGUCGGUAUACUUCUACUUGUUCAGGAUGCAGUGUCUAUAGAAGAGUUACGAGCCUGCCCUUACACUGAUGUUACCCUAGCUUGUCAUUUCUCCUUUGUGGAGGGAACAGAAAAUCUUGAGUUUUCUUGGGAAAGAGAAGAUAUCACAGAGGAAUAUGAGGUAAAGGAUGACAAAGAAUAUUACCUCUUUUUCAAACACUAUGACUUUUUUGAAGUUUUCUCAAAGUUAGUUUACAAGUUUCACAAUAACACAGAGCAACUAGAGGAUCAAAAUCCUUUGUAUGAGGGAAGAGUUUCUGUGGAUCAUGCUGAAAUACCUGAGGGGACACUAUCGCUUUUCCUAAGAAAUGUGGACUUCAUUGAUGAAGCAAUCUAUAAAUGCUCAGCUGUCACACCGAUUGGAAGAGGAAAAUGUACAAUUAAGCUAGUAGUAGAAGACUUUGAAACGCCACAGGUGCAGUUUGAUAGGAUUGAUGAUAUGGAUGUGGUGACGUGCAUCUCGAAAGGCUGGUACCUCCAGCCCAAUGUGACCUGGCUGGACCGGGCAGAGAGAAAUUUGAGCAACCACAGUACCGUGGAGGUUCUGGAGGAGCAGAUGAAUGGCUUCUACAGGGUGUUCUCUGUUCUGAAAUACCCUGUCAAGUUAAAUGAGAAAUAUGUCUGCCACAUACAAGAGACUGAUGUCAACAACCAGCCCUUCAGAAUCAUCCACAAGUACCCAAUCUCCAGAGUAGCUGGGACUUUAAGUGCACAUCAUGACAUCCAGAGGAAUUGUCAGUCUUUGGAGGCCCUUUGUUCUCCUAGUGUCUUUGGGAAGCCAUAUACGGAAGAAGGCUUAACAGGGAGAUUUGUGCAAUUGUACAGAUUUGACACCAUAGCCCUAAGUACCUCUUCAUCUCUUUUUCAUGUCACCACUACUUAUCACCUUAUUCCUGAAAAUAGCCUUGUAACUGAUCUACUGCUGCUAGAUCAGUUCACCAAAUGGCAAGUGAAGAAAAAAUGCAUGCCUUUGAAGAUGAAUACAGCAUCCAAAGGGUGGCAAAACUUGACCAAGGCAUACUAUGAAGAGUUCUCCAAGGCACUUGGACAGGACGAUCCAGUUCAAGCUGCACAAGUGGAAUUUAAAGAAAGUUUAACUGGGUUGACUUAUUAA